AUGCCAGAAUUGCGUAGCGGAGCACGGAGAUCAAAACGUCUUGGUGAUCUUCAUCCUGCCCCUGAAACCGCUGAUCAAGAAGCAAAUAUUGUUGCACCUGCUCAGGCUAGAACCAGAAGGAGAGGCAGAGGCAGAGGCAAUGCAACUGCUGUAGGUAAAGGACCUUCUGCAGUAACACCCGCCAGGCCAACUGGUGCUGGUAGAGGCAGGGGAGGUAGGUUGAUCGAUUUAGCCCCACAGCCACACUGUGAGGUUGUUCCUCAAGCUAUUGGUCUAGGGGCUGCACAGCUAGCAUUUAAUAGAAUAGAAGGCGCUGCAGAUAAAGAAAUUGCCAUGGAUGGUGGGAGUGGGGAUAAAAUAAUGGGAGCUGAAGAAGAUGCGAGCACAACUCCGGUGCCUGAAAGGGUUCAAGUGGGUAAUUCUCCUGUGUAUAAGACAGAAAGGAAAUUGGGUAAGGGAGGAUUUGGUCAAGUUUAUGUUGGCAGAAGGGUAAGUGGUGGCACUGAAAGAACAGGACCAGAUGCUAUUGAGGUUGCAUUGAAGUGUGAGCACCGAAGUAGCAAGGGUUGUAAUUAUGGCCCUCCUUAUGAGUGGCAGGUGUACAACACCCUCAACGGAUGUUAUGGUAUCCCAUGGGUUCAUUACAAGGGUCGGCAAGGAGAUUUCUAUAUCCUGGUCAUGGACAUGCUUGGACCAAGUCUUUGGGAUGUUUGGAAUUCCUUGGGCCAGUCGAUGUCUCCAAAUAUGGCGGCUUGCAUUGCUGUGGAGGCAAUAUCAAUUCUUGAAAAGCUUCACAUGAAAGGAUUUGUCCAUGGAGACGUCAAGCCAGAGAACUUUCUACUUGGUCAACCCGGAACCCCUGAUGAGAAAAAGCUGUAUCUUAUUGAUCUUGGUUUAGCUUCUAGAUGGAAGGAUUCUUCAUCUGGUCAGCAUGUGGACUAUGAUCAGAGGCCAGAUAUAUUCAGAGGCACAAUAAGGUAUGCAAGUGUGCAUGCACAUUUGGGUCGUACUGGAAGUAGGAGGGAUGAUCUGGAGUCCCUAGCAUAUACACUGAUAUUUCUCAUAAAGGGAAGGCUGCCAUGGCAAGGUUAUCAGGGUGACAACAAGAGUUUCCUUGUCUGUAAAAAGAAAAUGUCGACUUCUCCAGAGUUGAUGUGUUGCUUUUGCCCACCUCCAUUCAAACAGUUCCUUGACGCUGUUUCUAAUAUGAAGUUUGAUGAGGAGCCAAAUUAUUCUAAGCUGAUAUCACUUUUUGAUAGUCUCAUUGAACCUUGCUCGUCACUGAGACCUAUAAGAAUUGAUGGAGCUCUCAAGGUUGGGCAAAAGCGUGGAAGGUUGCUCAUAAACUUGGAAGAGGAUGAACAGCCAAAAAAGAAAGUGCGAUUGGGUAGUCCUGCAACUCAGUGGAUUUCAGUGUAUAAUGCACGGCGCCCCAUGAAACAGAGGUACCACUACAAUGUUGCCGACUCGAGGCUGCGCCAGCAUGUAGAGAAAGGUAACGAAGAUGGGUUAUAUAUUAGCUGUGUGGCUUCAGCUACAAAUCUUUGGGCUUUGAUCAUGGAUGCUGGAACGGGUUUCAGUUCCCAGGUGUAUGAGCUCUCAGCUGUCUUCCUCCAUAAGGAUUGGAUCAUGGAACAAUGGGAGAAAAAUUAUUACAUCAGUUCUAUAGCUGGUGCAGCUAAUGGAAGUUCUCUGGUUGUUAUGUCUAGAGGAACUCCAUACACCCAACAGUCAUACAAAGUUAGUGAAUCAUUUCCUUUCAAGUGGAUAAAUAAAAAGUGGAAAGAAGGUUUUCAUGUCACAUCUAUGACCACUGCUGGCAGCCGUUGGGGUGUUGUUAUGUCUAGAAAUUCAGGAUACUCUGAACAGGUGGUGGAGCUUGAUUUUCUUUACCCAAGUGAGGGAAUACAUCGCAGGUGGGAAAAUGGUUACAGAAUUACUUCUAUGGCUGCAACCUCUGAUCAAGCAGCUUUCAUACUUAGUAUGCCUCGUCGUAAAAUGGUGGAUGAGACUCAGGAGACUCUCCGGACUUCUGCCUUUCCUAGCACCCACGUGAAGGAAAAAUGGUCCAAAAAUCUCUACAUUGCAUCAAUAUGCUAUGGUCGUACUGUAUGCUGA